AUGAGCCUGCGUCAUGAUCCUGCAUCAUUAUUCCUGUGUGAAUCUCUGUCGUUAUUUAACAACUCUUCAAAAUUCACUCACAUUUUUGCAGCAGAAAACGUCCUAAAUGUAUAAUGCGACACUAGGGACGUUUUAUAAGAAAUGGAGAUUGUUGUGACUUGUGCGGCGCGCAGUUCGCAUGCUUUUUUGCGUUCGUUUUAUCAGCAUGCACUUCACGGUUGCAUUUUACUGAUAUGACAUCGAUGGAGAGAUAAUAAUUAGUGAUGUCUUUCUGGCAAACACCCAAGAUUUGCAGAGCAAACGGCGUUUUGUGUGUAUGUUUGAGCUUUUUGCCACAUUAUCAGGCUCCGUUUCUGGCAAAUAUUGAUGAAAACGGCACAAGCAACUGUCGCCUGUGGCGCUGCUCUCAAACAAAUAGCCCGUUUACCUUUCUAAUAUCGUCUAGUAUUACCAAUCUGAAUGAUUUGCUGUUAUUUCUUUAACAUGCAGGUUCCAAAAAUGCCUUUACUUCACAAUCUGUCUUGUCCUUUCAGGGAAAUCUUGUCAUGCAGUAUUUAUCUGCUUCACACAGUUUCAAGGUUGUCCAGGAGUUCAAUACACUUGUGGCCCUCUAUAGGGAGCUGGUUAUCUCUAUAGGAGAGAUUUCUGCGGAUUGUCCCUCUCUUCGUGCCGAGAUGCACAAAACACGCACAAAGGGCUGCGAGAUGGCGCGGACUGCACAUCAAAACCUUUCUGCAAUAUCUGGCCCAGAAGAUGGAGAAAUACAUCCAGAGAUCUGCCGUCUCUUCAUCCAAUUGCAGUGCUGUCUAGAGAUGUACUUGACGGAGAUGCUUAAAUCUGUGUGUUUGCUGGGAUCCCUGCAGCUUCACAGGAAAGGGAAACAUUUAGGAGCAACAAAAGUGGACAGUAAGAAGGAGGACAGCUCUGAUGUUCCCAUACUAGAAGACACGUCAUCCACUCCAGCAGACUGUUCACAGACAUACAUACUGGUGGUCACAGACAUCGAGAACAUCGAAAGGGACAUGACGGAAAUGAAAAAUUUGCUAAGCAAACUCAGGGAGACAAUGCCUUUACCACUGAAGAACCAAGAUGACAGCAGUUUGUUGAAUCUAACGCCAUACCCAUUGGUCAGACAGAGAAAGAGGCGUUUCUUUGGCCUCUGCUGUCUGGUGUCCAGUUAAAAGCUCUCCUUGUGUCCGGUUACAGAUGACUGCAUUUCCUCACAAUGUGCGUGACACACCAGUCAACAGUAACCUACUACUGCCAUUUCCAUAUGAGACUAGAAUAUCAGUGUAAUAUCAGUAGUCAUAAAACAAUAUACUGUAUAUCACCAAUACAAUUUUCAUUUUAAGUGAAUGUAUGUUCGUUCACAUUGCGCUUAGUAAAGAGAAUGGUUUAUAGUAUGAAUAACUUCUGUUUGUCCUGUUUAAUUGUUAACAUCGCUGAGUAUGACACAAGGCUCAUGUUGAUGCACAAUUCAUACGCUGUGCUUUUUGUCAAGACAAAUGUUGUUAUGAGGACUUCAAGACUGCAAUUUAGAGCUUAGGUUACAUUAUAUAACCGUUUUAAUCAUAAUAACAAUGCUGAUUUUUAAAUUAAAUUACCAUGAAUACAAAAUAAGACCGCACAACAUGAGUGAAUGUGGGAUCUGUUGGUUUCUUUGAGCGGAAUUAUACCAUAUUUUUACUACAGUAUUAUUUAGUCUUCCAUAAACCGAAAAUCCUGUAAUUUUUUUUUCUUUCUGUUUGAGUCUUUAGGAGUAUAAAAUACCUGAAGAAGCCUUUUUGUAAAUAAAGAAUAUAUCUAUAAAUGGACAUUUUAGAGAUGUACAUAUACAAUGUAAACCUAGCGCUCCGAAUUAUUUUUCAAAACUGUGAUUCUUUAAAGAGAUUGUCAGUAAAGUGUGGCAUGUCUAUCCAUCUGGUGUGAUAUAAGUCCAGAUUGGAGGGGCUCAGCAUGGGUCUUGCUUAUUAAUAUCGGUUCUAAUUGUGUCAGGCAUGGUGCAGAUACUGUAGUGUUUAUCAAAAGGCGCAGUGUCGUUUUACAUUGGUAAUAAACCUUUUUUUAAUGAUUUAUCAAAAUGGGUAUUUUGUCUUGUGUUGAACAGUUUUAUUUCACAUACAAAAAUACCAUAAGUAGCAAACAACAAGUGCUACAGUAUGAAAAACUGAUUACUGCAAAAAAAAAAAAUU